AGACAAACUAAAAUACUAUCAGUUGAUAUCUAUAAAACCUUGGCCUUUAACGAAAUGGUUUUGUGCGCAAUUUGUUCAAUUGAAACUUCCAAGUACAAAUGUCCGAGGUGUAUUGCACCAUAUUGCUCACUUGCCUGUUACCAAAAACAUAAACAAAAUGAGUGCAAACCGGAAACCUGUGUACCAAGGGUUGUGCAUGCUACUGUCGAACGAGAGGAUGAGAUGGUCGACUAUGUUCCGAAGAAAAUUUUAGAAGGCUUAAAAUACUCGGAUAAAAUUCGAGAUCUACUGAAGAACCCUCAUCUCCGGAGUCUGCUUCGAUUUUUGAAUGAUACAAAUAAACCGUACUCUGCAUUGGAAAAUGUUAUGCGUGAACCUAUUUUCGUCGAAUUUUCAGAUGAAUGCCUUAAGAUUGUAGACUCAAACUUAUAGAUCCAAUAUACUAUUUCUAAUAUUUUUUUAAAUAAUUUCCCAAUUGUUUUCAAAUACAAAAACUUGAACAUGGUUCAUUCUCUUGUGACUGAAUUGUUAUGAAAG